UCUGUAUUGUAACCAGUAUAAGAGGCAACGAUCGGCUUGGUGAAACGUUUAGUCAAGGUUUAAUGUUCUUCAGUGCCGUGUUUGCUCACGCAACAUGAUCGGAUUAAGCAAAAAGAAGAUCCUAAUAUAUGGGGUGAGCAUCGCUAUAAUUUUAGCCCUGGUCUUAGCGAUAAUAAUCGUUUUACUCGCUAAAAAUUCAGCAAAUGGAGAGAGUUCGGACAGUGACUCGUACAGCGGUACUUAUAAACAGGGAGCGGUAUCGACAAACGGGCAGGAAUGCGCCCAAAUCGGUGCGGAUAUGCUUAUCAGGGGCGGCUCAGCUGUGGAUGCAGCGAUAGCUGCGCUUCUGUGCGAGGGAGUCGCCUCUUUGCACAGUAUGGGAUUAGGCGGUGGAUUUUUAAUGACAAUUUGGGAUGGAAAGAAAGCGAGUUAUCUGGACGCGCGUGAAACGGCCCCGUCCAAGGCGGACAAAGACAUGUUCCAAGGUGACGCAAAAUUAUCACAGCGCGGCGGCUUAGCGGUUGCUGUGCCUGGCGAACUCCUCGGUUACUGGGAAGCACAUCGAAGAUACGGGAAACUACCGUGGUCCGAAUUGUUCGAACCUACAAUUUCUCUAUGCCACGAUGGAUCGCGGAUAAACAAUUACCUGGCUAAUUAUUUGACGAGCAAGGAACCAUUGAUAAAAGAGGAAGAAUCUUUGGCUGAGAUUCUUAUAAAUCCUGCUACCAAUUCAACCUGGAAGGUAGACGAUAGAAUAAAAAGGCCACGUUUAGCGGAGACGUUGAAAUUGAUCGCGAGACACGGACCAAACAUAUUUUACAACGGCUUUAUAGGGGACAUUUUGGUGGAGGAGUUAAAGGCCUUCAAUGGAAUCAUCGAGAAGGAAGAUUUACAAAAUUAUAGAGUAAAAUGGAUGGACCCUAUCGAAUCCAAGGUUGGGAAUUUGACCAUGUACACUGCACCGCCACCGGGCUCGGGGGCCAUUUUAACGUUCAUUAUGAACGUGCUGAACGGUUUGGUACCGAACGAGGAUGUUCGGGUGAUGUGGCAGUAUUUCGUGGAAACAUUUAAAUGGGCUUACGCCAGGAGGACGGAGUUGGGUGAUCCCGCUUACGUUAACGUUACUUCUAUACUUAACAACUUGACGUCUACCGAAUACGCUAACACGAUACGAAGAAAAAUAAAAAGCGAUAAAACGAGUAACGAUCCAAAGUAUUACGGUGCUGUCACGGCUUUGCGCGAAGAUUACGGAACCUGUCACGUUUCCGUUUUGGCCCCUGACGGUUCCGCUGUGUCCGUAACAUCCACCAUAAACCAGGUUUUCGGCGCGAUGAUACGUUCACGAAAGACUGGAAUAAUAUUCAACGAUGAAAUGGAUGACUUUAGUUCACCGAACAUUACCAAUGGCUUCGAUCUACCUCCUUCGCCAGCGAAUUUUAUUCAACCUGGGAAAAGGCCGCUGAGUUCUAUGAGCCCAGCGAUAGUUGUAGAUGAAAGCGGAAAUGUUCGUUUGGUAAUCGGUGCCGCGGGCGGCGCGAAAAUUACGACAGCAGUCGCAACGGGAAUGGCAUUAAAUCUUUGGUCAGGAUACAGUAUAAAAGAGGCGCUCGACGCGAACAGAAUUCAUCAUCAGCUAAUUCCAAUGGCUGUUCAAAGCGAGAAAGGCUUUGCUCCAGACGUGUUACAAUAUUUAUCUAGUAUCGGUCAUAACGUUACCACUUUCUCAGGAAUUGGAAGCGCUAUCACAGCAAUAACCAGAGAAAAUGGAAAGAUAUUUGCUAGCUCAGAUCCUCGCAGAGAAGGAAGAACUGCAGGCUUUUAAACGAUCGUUAAUUAUUAUUAAUGGACGAAACGAAACGCAUGAGCGAAACGAAUCAGGAUAGAGGACGGACGUUCUGUCCUUAAUUAAUUUAUGCGAGAUACCAUAUCAACCAGCAAUGUUAAAUAGUAAGACUCCCGUGAGAGAUUACUGAAGAAUGUGGCGGUACAAUAUUACACGCCCACUUGGAAAUUACAGAGUGAUCUUUUCAUGUCUGUUUAAUAAACAUUUCAAAAAGUAUUAAUAGAAUAGGAACAAUAUACAGAUGUUAAUGAUUACAAAUCGAAUAGAUGUACGUUGUUUUAAACGUAACAUUAGGUUCAAUUGUUGAA